AUGCCAAGCAAGUUUUUUGCGGCGCCUAGAGAAAAGCAGCUGGAGGAGCAGAUGAGGCUUUCGGGGGUGGAGGUCCUGGUGGUCGAUCCGGAGAUGGACCGAAGGUCCACCACACAAAUCUACGGCAAGCUCCGUGAAUCAAUUGAUCAAUCCAUCGGCGUAGACUGUGAGGGCCAUCAUGGGGAAUUGGGCAAGAAGGGCCCAUUGAUGGUGCAAGUCGCAUCGAGCUCCGUCGUCGUGGUGGAGGUCCGCACCCAGUCCGGGCUCUAUUCCCCAGACCUUCGGAAGUUGCUGGCAGACGCCAGCAUCCAAAAAGUUUUCUGCCAAGGGAAGGGGGACAUCCAGGCCUUGAAAAACUGCUCCCCGGGCAUGGAGGUUCUGGGCCCCGUGGCCGAUCUGAAGGACAUGGCCCACCUGCAUCCCACGCCGGGGCUUGCUGCUUUCCUGAGCCGGGGUGAUCCUGACGAAGCGACUUGGAAAAAGCAGAGCUUCAAAAAGAAAGGCUGGUGGAGGCUGGAAUCCGGACAAGACAUGCUCGCCGAGCCCGGCUUUGUAUCAUAUGCAGCCGCCGAUGCCUGGGGGACUCUACUUGCUCACGGAAUGCUGGCAGCUGCAACACCAGCAACAACGACAGCUCCUGCGACGAAGGCAAAAUCCAGGAGAAGGCGAGGCAAUCGAAAACCCUCUCAGAAUCACCUUCCCGCUUCGUUCGAGCCUCCUAUGCCACAUGCUGUUGUUCCGUCUGCGCCGCAAGUGCCGCACACUCCCCAAGCUUCCUGGACAUGUUUCAGCGGCUUCUGUCGGAUGGGAGGUUCUUGCUGGGCUUUUGCGUGA